AUAACAAGCGCUUACCCUCGCUUCUACUGUCACUCUUUCCCGCCACUUGCCUCUCUUUCUUCAAUCUUUUCUUCCUUCGAGUGUUGUUGGUGAAGUCGUGAAGAGGAAAUCAAGAUGUUGUGGGUGGACAAGUACAGACCCAAAACCCUCGACCAGAUCAUCGUCCAUGAAGACAUAGCCUCCAACCUCAAGAAAUUGGUAACGGAACAAGAUUGCCCACAUUUGCUUUUCUAUGGGCCCUCCGGUUCCGGCAAGAAAACCCUAAUCAUGGCCCUUCUUCGCCAGCUCUUCGGUGCCAGCGCCGAGAAGGUGAAGGUGGAGAACCGAACAUGGAAAGUUGAUGCUGGAAGUAGAACUAUUGAGUUAGAGCUAACCACAUUGUCAAGCAACAAUCAUGUGGAAUUGAGUCCAAGUGAUGCAGGCUUUCAGGACAGAUAUAUAGUUCAAGAGAUAAUUAAAGAAAUGGCUAAGAAUAGACCAAUUGACACUAAAGGGAAGAGAGGAUUUAAAGUAUUGGUGCUCAAUGAGGUUGAUAAGCUUUCAAGAGAAGCCCAACAUUCUCUUCGAAGAACUAUGGAGAAAUAUAGCGCUUAUUGUCGACUGAUUCUUUGCUGCAACAGUUCUUCUAAGGUUACUGAAGCUAUCCGGUCUCGCUGUUUGAAUGUGCGAAUAAAUGCACCUACUGAAGACCAGAUUGUUAAGGUAUUGGAUUUCAUUGGAAAGAAAGAAGGGCUUCAACUUCCACCAGGAUUCGCUGCUCGUAUAGCUGAAAAAUCAAAUAGGAAUCUAAGGAGGGCCAUUUUAUCAUUUGAAACAUGCCGUGUGCAACAGUACCCUUUUACGACUAACCAAGCUAUACCUCCAAUGGAUUGGGAGGAAUAUGUUUCUGAAAUAGCGAAUGAUAUUAUGAAGGAGCAGAGCCCCAAAAGGCUGUUUGAGGUUCGAGGAAAGGUGUAUGAGCUCCUGAUUAAUUGUAUUCCUCCUGAGAUCAUUCUCAAGAGAUUGGUAUAUGAAUUACUAAGAAAGUUGGAUGAGGAUUUGAAGCAUGUUAUCUGCCAUUGGGCAGCUUACUAUGAACACAGGAUGCGUCUUGGACAGAAAGCCAUAUUUCACAUUGAAGCGUUUGUGGCCAAGUUCAUGAGCAUCUAUAAGGCUUUCCUGAUUGAAACAUUUGGCUAAAGAUCAAGGCUGACAGACAAUGCCUAUAAAGCAGGCACUAGAAUGGGUUGUGCUCUUCUCCUGCUAUGCAGAUUGGUUCUGCUGAAUGAAAUGUGGACAACUUUUCUUUCUCAAGUUUAUGCUGAGUGUAGUGUUUUUUAUAUUUAUACAUGCUUUGCAUAAUUCCAUGUGUAUAUGUUGGAUUGUGUUUAAUUGAAGAAAAACGACGUAAUCCUUUGAUGAGAUUUGAAUAAUUUGAUGAUAUGAAAUGUGGAUGAAAAAUUAGUUCCAUCUACAGGAACUUUGAGCCUU